CAAACUUGUCCUCUCGCCCUCUUGCUUCCUUAACCUCUUAUCUUACAACAACACAACCAAAUCAAUGGAUCCGUGCCCGUUCGUGCGGAUCCUGGUCGGGAACUUAGCCCUGAAGCUUCCCCGCUCCCCCUCCGCCGCUUGCGAAUCCUCUUCUUCCAAUUGCCUGGCCAAGGUCAGGUUCAAGGGCUUCCCCACGCAGGUGGCCACUAUCCCCAUCGUACAGGAACACGACGAUAACCCUCAGCACCAUCGCCCCCGUCACUCCUCGCUGCAGUCUUCCUCUUCGUCGGCCUCCUCCUCCAACCCCAAUUCCGGUUCCUCUACUCAUUCGCUGGCAGCCUGCUUCAAUCUCGACAAGUCCCAGAUCGAUAAGUUCCUCCAAUCUAAGAAACCCAAGAGUUUGAACAUCGAGAUUUACGCCGGUGACGACGGAGGAGGGCCUUCUUCCUCAGCUGCCGCCUGCUGUUGUUCCAGCCGGAAGCUCAUGGGGACUGUCGUCGUUCCGCUUGACCUCCGGAAGGCAGAGUUUCGGCCUUCUGUUAUGCAUAACGGCUGGGUGCCCAUUGGGGGAAGGAAGAAAGGAGACGAACCAGCGCACUUCUUCCUCAAUGUUCGGGUUGAGCCCGAACCCAGAUAUGUCUUCCAGUUCGAAUCCGACCCGGUCUGUAGCCCUCAGAUUUUCCAGGUUCAGGGCAGCGUCAAGCAGGCCGUCUUCACUUGCAAAUUCAAUUUGAGAAACCAGGGAGAUCGCAGCAGCCUCUCACGGCCAUCAAUGGCGGACUCGAGCGCCCCAACAGGUUGCCUGCGGUCCAUCACAGGAGGCAGCGACGGUGGGAGCCAGAGUAAUCAAUUCACGAAAGAUCGCAAGGGGUGGACAAUCACAAUCCACGACCUCUCUGGCUCGCCGGUGGCGAUGGCAUCGAUGGUAACUCCGUUCGUUCCUUCCCCUGGUUCCGACCGGGUCAGCCGAUCAAACCCGGGAGCCUGGUUGAUUCUCCGGCCGUCUUCAGGCACAUGGAAAUCCUGGGGGCGACUGGAGGCGUGGCGAGAAGGCCGCAAAGGUCUCGGGUACCGCUUCGACCUCCUCCACGACGGAAUCACCGCCACUCCCACCACCUCCACGCUCGUCAAUUCGGUGGUGAGCACCAAAGGGCGGGGGAAAUUCGCCAUCGACAUGACGGGAACCGCCGCUACCCCGGCCUGCAGCCCGCAUAGCAGCUGCGACUUCGGGUCGGGAUCCGGAUCGUGGUCUGGGUCAGAGUUCGGGUUGGGGAUGCUGAGCCAGCCGAUCUACAAGGGCUUCGUUAUGUCCUCGACGGUCGAAGGGAAGGGCGGCCAGCCGGAGGUGGAGAUAGGGAUCCAACACGUGAACUGCACGGAGGACGCGGCGGUGUUUGUUGCGCUGGCGGCAGCGGUGGAUCUGAGCAAAGAAGCGUGCCGGUCGUUCCCUCGGCGGCUAAGGAAAGGGUUGCAGCAGCAGGCUUAGUCUUUUGUCGUAUAACGCUCAAUGGGUCCGUCGUUUUGGGUUGGAGGCUUUUGCGCUACAACUAAAACUAACAGCGGAAUGUGAGCUGGAUGGUACAUGUACA